CGCCGGCGGGGCUGCGCGCCAAGGGCCUGCGCGCGGGCCCGCCGUGGGCGGGCGCCGUCCGAUGGGAGCGGCCUGCGGCGCCGGCCCGGCGGAGGGCGGGGCGGAGCAGGAGGCGGGGCCGAGCAUCGGCCAGGCCCUCGAGCGGUACAAGGCGCAGCGGGGCCUGCGCGCGGCGGAGCACGAGCCGCUCGGAGAGGCCCUCCACGCGGAGAGCUCGCCAGCCGACGGACGCGUGACGCACCAGAGGCGCGGAGAGGCGGCGUCACGGCAGGAGCCGAGCAAGCUGGAGGUCAGAAGCGAGUUGCGGGAGCUGACCCAGAGGCUGGACCAGCAGAGGCUGCACAUGCACGCCAUGCUCCACGCGCCCGCCGAGCUCGCAGAGGACGCCGGGCCGCCCGCUGGCGCCCGCGGCGGCUCCGGCGCGGCCCCGUUGCCCCCCCCCCCAUCGCUGCCCCUCGCCUCGGGCGAGCUGCCGGCGCAGGAGCCGGAGCUGCCCCAGGCGCCGGCGCCGGAGCUGCGCGCUCCGGCCCCCGCGGGGGCCGGGCGGCGGCCGGGCGCCUCUGCCGGGCGGAUGUUGGUGCGCGGCUGGCAGCCGAGCGCGCUGGCGCCCGAGUCCGACGAGGAGGGCUCGGUCUCGGAGGCGGGCGGCGAGGCCUCCCAGGGGCACAGGCGCCGCUGCGAGCACGUGGGCCCCCGUGGCCACGAGGCGUGGGCCCCGGCGCCCCCGUUGGACAGUCCAGAGUUCACCGUGGGCGAGCUGGCGAAGCUCCGCAGCUGCGCCCCUGCGAAUUCCAGCAUCGCAGGGCCUGCCAGGCAGUCUGCACCCAGCAGUAGGCGGCACAGGUCGCGCCAGCGGGCUGCUAGAGUCCGAUCUCUCGGCCGCUGCACUGGAAGUCCGAAUUCAUGCCGAAUCUGA